GCCGAUUUAGCACGAAGCCGCAGCAUGGCCGAGCUCAACACGAGCGCGCCAGCGCCCGACAUCAACCCGUCGGCGACGCUGCAGACGUCCAUGAGCCUCUACUUUGUCAUCGCCGCCAUCGCCUGGGUGGUGUUCCUCAACCUCCAGCGCCGGCUGCAGCACGUGUACGCCUGCCGCAACCAGAGCCUCGAGACGGCGUCGCCCGUGCCCGACUCGAUGACGCUCUUUGGCUGGAUCCUGCCCGCGUGGCGGACGGGCGACGACGACAUUAUGGAGUUUUGCGGCCUCGACACGCUCAUCUUUCUGCGCGUGCUGGCCAUGGGCCGGAAGCUCGCGGCCUUUGGCAUCUUUCUGAGCGCAAUGCUCUUCCCCGUCUAUGCCACGGGCACGAACCCCGCCGAGUUUCCGCGCGGCAACCGCACCGAAAUUGACGUGCUCGAGCGCAUCACCAUGUCCAACUUGGACCAGGGCGAGAGCCGGCUCUGGGCGAGCAUCGUGGCCAUGUACGCCAUGUCCUUCUACGCGCUCUACCUCUUCUCGGCCGAGUACCGCUACUACAUUGUGCGUCGCCACGAGUACCUCAGUCGCGACGACCCGCAGCAGUACGCGGUGGUCAUCCACGACCUGCCGCCGAGUCUGCGCACGAACGAGACGCUCAAGUACUACAUGGACUACCUCUUCCCCGAUGAUGUGCUCGCGGUCUCGGUCGCCGUCGAGUGCGGCGACCUUGAAGGCCUCGUCGCCCAGCGCGUGAAGGCGCGUAACGACCUCGAGCACUACAUGGCUCUCUCGGCCACGACGGGCGAGCGGCCGACGUAUCGCGUGAAGGACCUCUCGAUGAAGAAGGCGCCGAUGCAGUCGGUCGAUGCGAUCGACUACUUUACGGAGCAGCUCGCGACGCUCAACCAAGCCGUGAAGGACGAGUACACGAAGAUCCUCGAUGCGCAGCACGAGGUGCGCGACAAGCUCCUCGUCGAGGGCUACGAGAAGGCAGCGUUCGCCGUGACCCAGGACGCGCCGGUCGCGAACGCCAAGCUCGUUGAGAAGUCGAUUAUGCGUCGGUCGGCCUUUGUGACCUUCCGGUCGCUCCAAACCGCGCAGACGUGCCAGCAGAUGCUGCAGACGGAGAAGAUUUUCGAGAUGGAAGUCGCGGCCGCGCCGUCGCCCGAAGACAUUUGCUGGGAAAACAUUGGUCGGACCCGCCAGGAGAAGGACUCGUGGCGCUUCAUCUCGACGGUGAUUUCGACAGCGAUCAUCCUGUUUUGGACGAUCCCGACCACGAUCGUGGUGGCCUUCUCGACGAUCGAGACGCUCGAGGAGAAGUACCCGUCGAUCAAGGACCUCCUCACCAAGCACCCGUGGCUCACGGAGUUCUUCAAGCAGCUCUCGCCCAUCGGCCUUGCCGUUAUGGGCGCGCUCGCCCCGAUCAUCAUGACGAUCAUGUCGAAGCGCGAAGGCCACCCGUCCGGCGCGCUCGUCCGUGCCUCGACGUUUGCCAAGCUCGUGUACUUUCAGAUGUUCCAGACCUUCUUCGUGUCGGUGAUUGCGGGCUCGCUCGUCUCGAGCGUCACGCUCGUGCUCAAGGACCCGAGCCUCCUCGUGUCGCUCCUCGGCUCGACGAUCCCGGCGCAGUCGACGCUCUUCAUGUCGUACCUCAUCGUCAAGACGGGCCUCGACCUGAGCUUGGAGAUCCUCCGCGUCAUGCCGUGGAUCCUCGGCUUCAUCUACAACACAUUUGCGCCCAAGCUCACGGCCCGCGAGCGAUCGAGCCCGUUCUUUGGCCUCGUGCCCGUCACGAUCGCCGGCAACUUUGACGGCGGCGGCGCGGUCGCCGACUACCUCCUCGGCAUCCUCCUCGUUGUGACCUUUUGCGCGAUCGCGCCGCUUCUCUCGUACUUUGCGCUGCUCUACUUUGGGCUUGCGGAGCUCGUGUACCGCCGGCAGGUGCUGUACGUCUACGCCCCGUCGCCCCACUCGACGGGCGCGUACUGGCCGCAGCUGCACUCGUUCCUUGUCGGCGCGGUCGUCCUCGCGCAAAUCACGUUCCUCGGGCUCAUGACGCUGAAAGUGAGUCCGGGCCCGAUCGUGGCCGCGACCGUGCUGCCGUUCACGUCCGUCUUGUACCACGUGUACGCGCAGCAGCUGUACCCGCGCCCGGCGCUGAACCUGCCGCUCCUCUCGUGCGCCCGCCUCGACAAGGCCCGCGCCCACCGCGCGCACGUGGACAUUUCCAGCGCGUUCGUCCAGCCGGCCCUCGACGAGUCGGAGCCACUCAAGCCCGACUACAUGGAGCUCCAGACGCGCGACGACCUGGAUAUGGUCGAGGUCGACGCGGCCAAGUCCAAGAUGCACCAAGGUGAGCCCACUGACGCCGAAGCCAAGAAAUUUGGAUUCCACAUCUAGCUGUAGCCUGAUCAAGCUUGCUACCGUCCGUGCCGUGCAUAGUACAGACGUUGCGUACACACAUACCUAAUCCUUGAUACAUUGAUAC